GCCGCGGAGGCAGCGAGAGGAGCUGACAGCGCGGAGCUGGCGCUGCGGAGCGCAGGGAACCGUGCGGGUUCCUCCAGCCGGCGUCUGCUAGGACCGCGGCGUCUGACCCGCUCGGGUUCGGAGAUUUACACAGAAGUAGAGCAAUGCUCGUGACUCUGCGUCUUCUCAAAAAUAGGUGGAGAGAUGAGGCUCUUUGGAAUUCCAUCCCCCACUCUGGUAAACCUGACGUUGCCUCUGCCCAGAGGUUUGGCUGACUUGAAUAACAAAUGAAGGCCGCCUUUCAGUGCAAAAUUUGAAAGUCAGUGAUUUUUAAAAUUAAGGGAGGAAAAAACACCCAUUAACACCUCCAGAAGUGGCCCUUGAGCCAGCCUGGAUUGAGCUGUGUGCCGCCUUGAUGCUCAGCCCCUCCCCGCAGGUACAUGUGCAGUAGCAGGCUCACAGACCCGAGCUGCCGAUACGGGGCUGUGUGCACUAGGCUUUUUAAUAUCCUGCUGAUUCCAUAUUCUAGGAUGCUCUUCUUCUGGCUUCCUCUUACCCUGACCCCUCCUCCCCUUCCCCACAGACCUGGACCAAGAAGCCCCAUCCAUGAACAUGCCCAAGGGACCCUUAAAUUCAGCUUUAUAGGUGGGAGGAGAGUGGAUUCCUUUGAGGGGCUGCUUUGUGGUGGGAUCCUACAAGUGAGACCCAUUCCACUUCAGAAAGCUAAAAAUGAAACCACUAAAGUGGGGUUGUAUGAAGUGACAGGAGGGCUGGCAAAGAAAACUGAAUUGGAAGGGAAGAUACCUUGAGCUCUGAGCCUUCCUUUAAUGACAGAUUUCAACCCCCCAGCCUCCGCUCUCCACACUGAAAAUUCCCCUGACUGGGGGCCAGUCUGACGUCAGCCCAGUCUGGCUGCAUUUCCCUGCUGGUUUGGUGAAGAGCCUGAAGAUGGCCUAGUGAGGUUCCCUGAGGGCUAGUGGCAGAUGGGGGAGACUGGCGGAGUUCGUGGCUGUGAAGGAAAACGGUGCUUUCGUGCCCUUCCAUGAAUACCCAGAAGUUCCUGCAAGUCAGGGGUGAAGUUACAGCCUCUGCUGUCUGGGUUUGAAUACCACCCUGAUCACUUGCCGACUCUAUGACCCUUUGUUCUUCCGUUUCUUCCUCUGCAAAAUGGGUUUUAUCUUUCAAGGUGAUGGUGAGGAUUAAAGGAGAAAAUCAUUGAAGAUUUAGCACAGAACCUGACACCAUGAAAUGUUUCAUAAGUAUUAGCUGCUCCCAUACUUAUUAAUUAUUAUUACUGGAAGGUUGACGUGGAGGUAAAAGUUUCCUUCUUCAUGCUAACCCACAAGGCUGCCACCUAAAAUUUGAUAGAGGUGCUUCUCCGGCUAAGUGGAGUGCUGGCUUUGUUUCUCUGUUCAUAAUCUUCCAAAUUGGCCAUCAGUCUCCCCAACAGCCAAAAAUGAGGCAAAGCCUCCUCUCUCCUAUUUAUAUUAUAAAUCUCUUCCUUCCUUGCAGGGGAAACAGAAAGUACAUAUUAAACUGCACUUAAGUUCGUCGGCAUUGCUCAGACUGGAGGGUGGGUGUGUCCCGGGGAGUAGAGAUUGAGCUUCUAAACCCAUUGAGGAUUGGGGGUUUUUGAGACUUCAUUUGACUGUGCUGAGGGGUUAUCAAGCAGGUGAUUGGGAAGUUGUUUUUCUUGUCAGCCAAAUGAAUUCAAUCCUACUGUGAAGGGUCUGGCUAAUUGGGAGGUGAGGCCAUGAGGCCCGAGAAGGUUGGAGCGGUACAGCUCUGAGCCAGCUGACGGUUUUUGCUGAGCGGGUAGCCGGAAGGAAUCCUACAUCACGGUUAUAAUAGAGAAGAUGCAUUUGAGAAUAUGCCUGCUGGUACCAUCUUGGAUGCAGCAUGUCCCAGGAGAGCUGAGUCAUUGCGGACCAAGCUCCCACCCGCCGUGUCUGGCCCUGACUGUGGACCCAGAUGUUGACAGCUGUGCCCACCCGCCCUGCCCUGGGUGAUGGGAGCCUGCUAAUGCCAAUAUCGUUGAUGCCUGCAGGCGCUGCUCCCACCCUGGCUUUCUGGUGGGACUCUUCCAUGGGACUUUUUCCUUGAAUCUGCCUGUGGUUCCAGGGCCUAUUAAAAUCCCCAAGCGUUGCCCGUGUCCUUGGCUUCAUCCAUAGAAAGUGUGCCUGUUUUUAAAGAACCCCAGGAAUAGAACUGGGAGGAGGAGAGUGGAUAAUCUCUUUGGGGGAGGGAGUACCAUUAUUUUUUCCCCACACAUGGCAAGUCCCAAUCCUGGUCCUGAGAGACAAAAGCCCAACUACAUGGGGAAAUACUGCCUUCAAACUGCCACUGACAUUUUGCUGGCAGGACCCUGAGUAUUUGUGACCUGAGCUUCUGGAAUAAGGGAAUCGCAUCGUCUUUCCGGGGUGGGGAUUCCAGCUGAGGCACCUCGUGACUGGUGCCAGAGUCUUACCCUGUGCCUCUGUCAGCAUUUUCCAUUCUUAUGCCUAGUCACACCUUUUCCUCCAGGCAAAGGGCUGGGACUCGGGACUCCUAACCCUGUUCUCUUGACCCCAAAUCCAUUUAUUCUAGAAGCCAGACUUUGGAACCUCCGCAAAGAAUAAGUGGCCUGGGGUAGCAUUCCCUGAAGUUUUGCCCUGUGGCCAGCCUGAUCCUUGGAAAAACUCCUCUCCAUAAAUGCUUAACUGACACCCCCCACCCCCCCAUUCAGCCCUGACCCCAGGGUCCCCAAAGGAGGCUGCCUUGACAAAUGACUAUUCUUGCUGGCAGACCUACCAGACUCUUAAGGCUAACUCUGCCAUGGGAAAGUCUCCUUCGUUGAAGAUGGUCUCCUGUCAGCUGGAGGGAACAUAGAGGCAGGAAGCAGGCUCCCCCCAGGCAGACAUUCUCCAAGAUGGGCAGAAAUAUGCACAGAAAUACCAGCAUCUUUUAAGUAGGCAGGGCUGUGGGUGCAAAGUCAAUAGUUCAUGCCUUUUGUGAAGGGGAAAUACCAGUUGACUGAGCACUGAACCUUAACAGAAGAGACUUAAUGCCUUUUCUGCAUUUUGCAGUAUCCUGGAUGACAUCCCCUAGAUGAGAAACUUGUGAACAAGCACCCUCUUAUUCCCUGCAUCAACUUUGCAUCAGCCCCAGCUCUUUAUUUCAGAUGGCUUGGAAAGCAUCUAAGGAAACCCUUCCUCAGCAAUUUAACCAUUUCUGAUCAAACUGUUGUUUCCAAGCAGGGGAAGUAUAACACGGAGUUGUCCUGAGUGCCCUUUUUUUUCCCCUCUCUUCCGUCCUUACUAUAGACAUUGGGAAGUAUGGAUGAGUCACCUAGAGCCAGGUGUCUUCUGUGACUGGGAUAUUGGGAUGACCAGCUGUGUCCCAUGUCUGGAAGGAUUUGGGGUUAGAACUGGAAGUGGAAAACUAUCCACAUCCCCAUCUUAGGCAUCACCUUUGAGGUGAGAUUAACCUAACAGCAGAGGUACAGGGUCAGCUCUGAAUUAGAACAUCCAACAUCCUUAGCAACUUGAAAAAGCAUUUACCAAAACCCCACCCUAUGGCACAUUAGUCCAGUGGUCUUUUUUUUUUUUUUUUUUUCAGAGGUGGUCCUCUUCCACUUCUGUCCGCACCCUGGUUAUCUGUUCUGUUCCCCACCCCCAAAACCAGCGGAAUCUUCCCAGAGUCUAAUCUUUCUCUGGGAUUCCAAAUCAUGUCCCCUUGCGCAGAGGUCUUGGCCUCUGCUGCUAUUUCUUUAAAUUGAUCUCCAGCCGAAUUCUGAAUGUAAAGGUCAGCAGGCAAGGAAAUGGCACUUCUAAUAGAAAACAAUGUGCACUUUCUAAAUUUGAACCAAGCCGUUUCCGCUCUUUGAUUUAAGUGACUUCCUGGGGUUCCGUGUCAGGCACUGCAGUUGAAUCUCUGGCCGGAUUCCAACUUAAAAUUGCACUCUCUCAGUGAAAUUAGAAACUGAUCCAGGGUUGGCUUAGCUAUUCUAGUAAAUAGCAUUUAGGCUGAAUGUUCAGCUCAGCACUUGGAAAUGGGUGAUGUGAGUGCCCCUCGGGAGGAUUUCCCAACCAAGUUGUCAGAAGCGCACCUACCCAGGGGUUAUUAGCCUCUGGAGGUUGCUGCUCUUAGAAGUGGUGGUAAUCAGUUAAUAUCCUGGACGUGCAGGCAUCAGAUACAGCUCUUCCUUCAGAUACAGCUCUUCCUUCUCUUGUGACUAUCUGAAAUAAAGGCUUUUGUUUAUCCAGCUGAUAAACUCAAUGGGAGCAUACACAGGCUGCCUGUCCUGGUCACCACAUCCUCAGCACUCGGUACAAUGCUUGGCACGUCAUGCUUAUUAGCGCUCAGGAAAUCUAGACUUGCUCUCUGGGAUGGUGAUAAAUUACAGAGUACGUGCUGCGUGCCAGGCAAGAUGCUAGGUCUUGGAUAUGCAUUUUCUCAUUGAAUCCUCACCAGAACCCAUUUUACAGAUGAUAAAACUAAGGCACAGAGGUGAAAGAACCUUAUUCACAGCAAUACUGCUAGGCAGAAGUGAGAAUUUGAACUUGGAUCUGAUUCCAGAGCCUGUGUUUAGCACUGUUACGCUACAUCUGAAAUCAGGAGCAUGUCCCAUGGAGAUUUUAAGAAUGAACUCGGACGGCCCAGGUUUUAGCCUAGCUUUGCUACUGAUGGUUUUGUGUGACUUUGGACAAGAUACUUGAAACAUUAGUUUUCUGUAACUAGAAAAGGAAUAAUAAUAAUAGUAGUUACGUUUUAGGAUUAUUGUGAAGUCAAUGACUUAAUAAAUACGGUGCUUAGAAGAGUCCCUAGCAUAUAGUAAGUGCUAAAUAAGUUAUUUCUACCACCUACUAUUACUGCUGUUGUCAUUGUUAAUCAUCUAAGCCUUAAUGCUGGAGAGUCCACCAAUGGAAGCCCGGUUCUUAUUUCGUUUGGGGAUGGGUAGGUGUUAACAGGCCGCAUACUGAUGCCUGGAAUCCAUUCUCUUCCGUUCCUCCACUCCCCCAGGGCCCCUAGAAGCCUAUUCUCGGCGCAACCCAGGACCUCGGCCCCAUGGAGCCCCCGAUCCCACAAAGCGUCCCCUUGACUCCCAGCUCAGUCAUGGUCCAGCCCCUUCUGGACAGCCGUAUGGCCCACAGCAGGCUGCAGCACCCACUCACCAUCCUCCCCAUCGACCAGAUGAAGACCAGCCAUGUGGAGAAUGACUACAUAGACAACCCUGGCCUGGCGCCCCCCACCGGCCCCAAGCGGACCCGGGGUGGAGCCCCAGAGCUGGCCCCAACGCCUGCCCGCUGUGACCAGGAUGUCACCCACCACUGGAUCUCCUUCAGCGGGCGCCCCAGCUCUGUGAGCAGCAGCAGCAGCACAUCCUCUGACCAGCGGCUCUUAGACCACAUGGCCCCACCACCCGUGGCCGACCAGGCCUCCCCAAGGGCCGUGCGCAUCCAGCCCAAGGCAGUCCACUGCAAGCCGCUGGACCUCAAAGGCCCGGCCAUCCCCCUGGAGCUGGACAAGCACUUCUUGCUGUGCGAGGCCUGCGGGAAGUGUAAGUGCAAGGAGUGCGCGUCCCCCCGGACGUUGCCCUCCUGCUGGGUCUGCAACCAGGAGUGCCUGUGCUCAGCCCAGACCCUCGUCAACUACGGCACCUGCAUGUGCCUGGUGCAGGGCGUCUUCUACCACUGCACCAACGAGGACGAUGAGGGCUCCUGCGCCGACCACCCCUGCUCCUGCUCCCAUUCAAACUGCUGCGCCCGCUGGUCCUUCAUGGGCGCCCUCUCCCUGGUGCUGCCCUGCCUGCUUUGCUACCUGCCGGCCACCGGCUGCGUGAAGCUGGCCCAACGCGGCUACGACCGCCUGCGCCGCCCUGGGUGCCGCUGCAAGCAUACGAACAGCGUCAUCUGCAAGGCGGCCGCCGGGGACGCCAAGGCCAGCAGACCCGACAAGCCUUUCUGACACUCGGGGUCGAAGCCCCGGCAUUUCCCCUGGAAACUCGGUUCCCUUCUGACACCUGAGAUAACCACCGCAGCGAGACCAGAGGUUUUAGCAUCCUGAGGCUGACCUUGCUAGUCUGCACACUCCCCACCCCCAGCUUCCGAAGAAACAGAGACCACCAUCACCCACCCUUCUCUUCCCCCAAAAGGAUGAAGAAGAACUUUGGGGGGUUUUUCAGGGUCCUGGAACUUUGUGUGAAACAGACAGUGGCAGGGGUGUGGUGUGGUUUGGGGGCGAUUUUUCUUUUGCAGAAGAUGGAACACAGAUGUGGACACAUAUCCGGAAGUUGCAGCUGCUUUGAAUGCCUCCCAGCCCUCCUCCUCCCUCCCUCCCUCUCUCCCCGCUCUUUUUCAUUCUCUUUGGCUGCCUGGGAGGAAUCAGUAACUGAGUGGCCAGGGAACCUUUGAAGAAGACCCUUGGAGUCUUGACGUCUAUACCUUCUUCUCCUCCCAGCCUCCACCCCGGUUUGUUCCGACAUCGUGGGGAAGGUGUAGACCCUGGCGGUCCCCGUUGUAUAUAUGUGGGAGCCCCCCGAGAACAGAGGCCGGCCAGUGAGUCCGGGCCUCGUUCCUCACUCUGCCUCCCCGGAGCCACGGAUGGAUUUAGGAACCACUGUACAAUACAUUUCCUCCCUUCCAGCUUCCUCGCUAACUCUCGGGGGUGUUCCACUCAUAACACUGUCCUUCGGUUCAUACCAAGGCACAGACUCACCUGCCCGCUACAUGUCCCAAGUCCUCUCUACCCAGAUCCUUGCCAGAAACUUUACGGGUAGAGAAGGCUGGGGGCGGCAAACGCGAGACCAAAUAGCAUUUUGCCAAUGAGUCUGAGGCUGUGGUCUCUGGAUCCAGUCAUUAUGUUUUUAUAGAAUCAUUAAACCAGAUGCUAACGGUGUUAAAAAAUAAUAAUAAUAAAACACUUGCUUCUUUUUGGGCCACCCCCAGGAAGGGCUGAUUUCAAAAUCUGGGGGGCGAGCAACCUCAAGGAGCACCAUCCCCCUCCCCACCAAGAAGAGGAUUUUAACAGCAGUGAAGAGAGGCAGCACCUCUCCUUGGCAGAGUGACAGUGAGGCGAGCUGGGUGGGGGUUUCCUCUCUCCUGAUUCUGCUGCUUGCUGUCGUAGCCUUCUGUGUACCGUGUCUGUAUCUUUCAUGUAAAUAGACAGAUGAUGGAAAAAAGUCUAUUUUAGUGUCAGGAAGCCCUGGAGGCGGAGUCAGAACGAGUGCGGGCGGGGGAAAGAAUCUCCAGGGGCUUCUUGGGAUUGAGCCCUGCUUCUGUGUGUGGCCACACGAGCCCCUCCCAACAGCCCCCAAAGACGUAGCAACUCUUUCUCUCAAGGUGCUAAAGGACUCAGAAAGUGCAGCUCGUCCAGUGGGUAGGUACUUGUUGCAUGCAAAAGCUGUAAUGUGUCUGGUCCUUCCUCCCCAGCUAUUGUGUGGGGGGGUUUGCUUCAUGUGGUAUUUUGUGCCUGCCUCCCCUGCCCUGACCUCCCAUGAGAGAAAGUGGCCUGGGUCAGAAAAGCUACACCAGGUGAUACUGGGAAGGCACUAGGCACAGAGUUCGUAGCAUUUCCAGUUUGUUCUGUAGGAACAGAAGUGCCUCCAGGAAGAAGGCAAAGAGGAGGCAGGUAGCUGUGAUGGUCAGGCACCCAGUGCUUCUCAAGGACUUUUUUUUUUUUUUUUCCUUCUUGAAGACUAGUAGUAACAUCUUAUGAUUUAGACUAAGUUAAUUGUAACCACAGGUAUUUAUUGACUGGAGGAAAGGAGGGGAGGGUCUUUUUAUUUUAGGCUUUAUUUAUAUAACAUUUGCUAGCUUGUAAAAGGCGAAUAUGAAACAGUGCAUCUGCGUUUUCUAAGGCUGAUUCACGCAGCUACCCUUGCCACGGUCGCCAUGGAUGUACGGACACUCUUGCACAAAUCAGAGGGGAUGGUAGAAACACACGUUCAGCCAACCACUUAUCCUAAUUGAAUGUAUCAGAUGUGUGCUGAAGGGACUGGAGAUAUUUUCCUCAGAACAGAUGUGCGGAGGUUACGCCCCAAAAGAGAGGGCACACGUCCACUCUGGGUGAAGCCUCAGAACUUUUCCCAAAGCCCCUCCCUCAAAAGUCUCCAUGGGAAACUUGACCCAGUGGCAAGUUGCACUUUGGUGAUCUUGGUGUUCUACCUGCCCAUUCUGUGGAGAGUUGAUUUACAUAAGCUGUGUACACAAACACACACACACACACACACACACACCCCACCGUCUGUCUACAUAGACCCUGUUUCCUGGCGAAUAGCCUCCUGAACCCUGACUUUUUGUGUAUAUAGUUGUAAACACGGAUUUUUCUGGGUUUUGGGUUUCUUAUUUUCUUCCCUUCCCCCGUUUUGGCUUUCUCUCUUUGGUUCGCAUUUAGCCUGCUAGAUGGAUGUCUGCAUUACUCCCCGUGUCCUGUGCGCUCAGCUUCGGUUCUCCCAGCUCUGUUGCACAGCAGUCCCUCAGCAUGUUUUUCUCGGCUUCUUGGCAGAAAAAAGCAAAAGAAAACUGGCUUGCCUGUGGCCCCCGGGGACCAGCCGAGGGCCAAUGAAGGGACCAAGCUCUCAGAAACAACAACACGUUUCUGGGCGGCUUCCGGCUGAUGGUGUUUGCUGUCACCAGUGGCUUGCUUGGCUGGAUGAGGCCUCGUCUUGACCUUUUUAGAAAAGUGCCAGCUGAUUCCCACUUCUGUUCAACCUGGGGUGGCUGGUGGUUCUGCCUGGCCUGGAACUGAGGUGGGGUCCACAAGGCUGGGUCCAGGACCCCUGUCCUAAGGGGCCACAGCCACUUUCCCUCGAGAGUGGGUCUGAAGGCCCAAGCACCCUGGGAACUGGGUCUGGGAGAGCCACACCCUCACAGAUGAUGAGGUGCAACAGAGGCUUCUCACAGUCCCUGCUGUUGAUACGGGCCCUUCACAGCUGACAGGUGGGAGAAUUUCACGCGACACGCCUGGUCCUUCCAGCCUUCUGGGGUCUGUGCAUGUCCCCGUUGUACAUGGAGCGAGGCCCAGUUGGCUCAGGAUGAGUCCCACUGGAAAGCGUGGGUUGGGACCAGCACCCAGAUCACAUCACCGCGAAGCUUCCCGAUCUCCCGUGCUGCCCCAGCAGAUGUCCAGUGGGGUGUGGGCCAUGCGACUCUGCACAGUACAAGUCACUAGGGCAUCCCAUCCCGCAGUCUGCACCCGCCUUCUGGUUCAUGCCUUCGGUGAGCAUUUUCUUGCCCUCUGCUGACUGUGACAGUUGACACAUCUUACGCUGCCAUUUUUUGCUGUGGGUAACUCCGUGUGGUGUCUUAUCUCGCUUUCUCUUCUUGCUGCCCCGCCGUUUGGUUUCGUGUUACAAACAGAAAAGCUGUCCAAGGGUCCCAUCCCAGCACAUUUUUUCCCUCUUCACUGUAACCCCUUCUCACCCCACAACAAAAGUUACCACAGAAGGUUUUCUUUGUAUAGAAUAUUUAUUUUGAAGCUCUAUUUUAAUAGUAUUUAUUUUAGAAAGUCUACUAUUGUAAGAGUUCUUCUGUUUGUGAAGAAAAAGCAAGUUAAAAACUGAAUGUACUGAUCUAGAAAAUAUAUAUAAAUAUAUAUUGUUAAAUAUA